AUCUGUGGUUGAUUCUCCCAAGGUUUUUUAUUAAUACAUAUUUUUAAUAAAUAUUUACUAUUCGUGUAAUUACAUAGUGAAUAGUGAUACAAUUUCAUAAUUCAUUGAUGUGAUGAUUUCAUUAAAGAGCAUGAAAUAAAAUUCUAUAUUACAUUUUACAAAAAUUUGUUUAAGUACGGGUUGAAAAAAGUAAUAAAAUGGCGGAACUUGCUGCUUUACUGCAAACUGAGAUACCAGAGGGCCGUAACCAUCUCACUGACAGUCAUACUAAUUUAGAAAGAGUAGCAGAGUAUUGUGAGGCAAAUUAUUUUCAAUCUGAGAAUAAACGAUUAGCACUGGAGAGCACCAAAAAUUAUACAACUCAAUCGUUAGCUAGUGUGGCAUAUCAAAUCAACACCCUGGCCUAUAACUUCCUACAGCUACUGGAGUUACAAACUAUGCAACUAGCAGAGAUGGAAGGACAAAUGAAUCAUAUUGCUCAAACUGUUGCUAUUCAUAAAGAAAAGGUAGCCCGUAGGGAAAUAGGAGUUCUUACAGCAAAUAAAGUGACCAACAGGCAAUAUAAAAUAAUAGCUCCAGCAAAUCCUGAGAAACCAAUAAAGUAUGUCAGGAAGAGUAUUGAUUAUACAGCUUUAGAUGAUAUUGGUCAUGGUGCUCGUUGGAAUAGUGGAGCUAAUGGAACUCCACGUGGUCGUCGCUCGGGGUCUGCGCCUGGUGCAGUUCCUUUACCAGCACCAACCACAAAGCCGCCAACACCUCCGUCUGCUGUACGCUCUGCCUCUGCUACAAAUACUGGCACUUUAGGAAGAGGUACUUUAGGUAAAUCUUCCCGGGAGUAUCGAACCCCGCCGGCAGUGGCCCCACCUCAGGUGCCAUCUCACUACGCACCCAACUACCCGCGCAGACCACCUGGUUACUCUACUCUGCCGGUAGCUCAACCACAGGUGGGAAUGGUGCAUCCAAAUCAACACCAGUCAAACUCAAACUAUUCACAACAGGAUUUACAUUCCAGUAUGCCCCCACCACCAUCUCCGUUGAUUGGCUCAGAUGGUGAACACAGCCAGCACUCAAUGAGCCUCCCUGGACAUCGCGGGUCGUCUUCAUCGGGCGGGGGCGGAGGUGGAUCUACGCGGGGCGGGUCGGUGUCUCCGCCGCUGCCGCCGCCGCCGCUGGACGACGAGCUGAACCACGAAUCGUUCACCAGGCACCACCUCCCGAACAAAAUGGGCAGCCAGUAUACCAGCGCUGUCCCAGCCAUUGUCCCAGAUGAAGAGGAUCUGCCGGGCUGGGUUCCAAAGAAUUACAUUGAGAAAGUGGUGGCGAUCUACGACUACUACGCCGACAAGGACGACGAGCUGUCGUUCUCCGAGAGCGCCGUCAUCUUCGUGCUGAAGAAGAACGACGACGGCUGGUGGGAGGGAGUGAUGGAUGGAGUCACCGGACUGUUCCCCGGCAACUAUGUGGAGCCCUGCGUCUGACUCUCAUAACACGGACAGCACACGGCGUACGACGCAAUUGGUUUUGUAAAAAUAAUUUAUCUUCACCGAUGCUUUAAAUCCUCUAUUAAAGAUUCUAAAACAGUUAGAUUGUUGGCAACAUUAAGUUAGUUUUUAAAGUGAUAACCCUCACUUCUAGGACUAAUACAACGCCAGAUCUCCGUGUGUUCGGGUCCCGCAUCGUUCAUGAAAUUUUGUUUUUCUAAUUUUAUUUGUGUAACAAAAAACACCCCAUGGCCUAAUAACCAUUACAUCAUCCAAACGGGUAUUGUAUUGAAAUUCAGUACAACUUUCAUCCGUUUUCAUUAUAAUAACACUCAUUUGGAUGUUGUUAUGGUUACUAGGACUGGCUAUUUUAAUGUUAGCAGCAAGCUAACUGUAAAUUUAUGCAACUGUUGUGUAAUAAGGGGUAUUAAAACACGAAUGUGGGUUUAUUAAUAAUAUCACAUGAGUGUUUUAAUACCUAAUUAUCAACAGUUGCAUACAAGACUUUAUCUACACCCAUAAUAUGAAUCCUCUAUAAAAGAUAACUGCUCACAUUAAAACAGCCCGUCCCAGUAACCAUAAUAUCAUCCAAAGGAGUAUUAUCAUGACAACGGAUGAUACUUAUACACUGAAUUUAAGUACAACACUCGUUUGGAUGAUGUAAUGGUUAUUAGAACAUUGGGUGUUUUAAUGUUGGCAAAAAGCUAACUGUUUCAGAAUCUUUAAUAGAAGAUUUAAAGCAUCGAUGUAGAUAAAAAUAAUUAAUACAACUUAGAAUUAAUAAAAUGUAUUAUUAAUAUACGUUAGCAUUAAUAAAAAUCUUAGAUCAUUUAUACCUCUAGAUAGACUAUGACGUCGAAAAAUAUAAAAUUUAGAACUAAGCUCUAUUUUUUUGAACAAUUUACGCACACUGUGUCAUACAAAUCGCGAGUGUAAGACGUAGCUUGUCACGCACAUUUAAGUGUUAAAUUGGCCUGUUUUUAUCGGUUGUGUAACAGCAACAUGCUAUCUAGAUGUAUAAAUUAUCUAAAAUGAAAAUCUAUAUUGAAAAUGUAUCUAUAGCUAGUAAUAUCAGUAACAGCUUAAUGAAUUGUAUCCUUACUGUUAAAAACUGGCAAAAUGCGAGUCGGACUCGCGUACAUAGCUUUCCGUUCCAUUACUUAUAACACCAGCGCCUAUUAAAAGUGCAUUUGUUGUAUGGGAGACCACCUUAAAUAUUUAUUUUAUUCUGUUUUUAUAGCAGCAACAGAAAUACAUAAGCUGAGAAAAUUUCAACUGUCUAUCAGGGUAUAUGAGAUACAGCCUGUUGACAGACGGACAGACAGCGGAGUCUUAGUAAUAAGACCCCGUUUGGUACGGAACCCUUAAAACAUAAUUUCGCUGUUUGUGUGUCAAUAUCUUCCUACCUACCAACCUGUUUAGACUUAAGUUUAAAAUUAAAAAAACAAACUACCCUCACAUCUCUGUAAUUAAUGAUAAGGUUGUCUUAAUAAGCACUAUCCUAUUACCAGAAUUGAUAUCGUCUUAUGAAUAGAGCAAGAUGUACACACCUGUAAUUGGCUUUUGCAUACCAGGCAAUAUUUUUUUUAAUAUAAAAUGAUUAUACUGUAUUUAUAUAUUUUAAGCUGUUGGUGGGCGAACAAAUUAAUAAAUAAAUAAAAUACCACUCUCUGAGUGAUCAGUAGAGAAUGGUCGUCCACUUAUCAAGCGAAGGUACAGUAAUCAAGUGAUGGUUCCGGAUAACAUCACUCAUUCAACACAUCUUGUAACCACUGGCGGUUGCGGGAAACAAUCAAAUAAACCGUUUUUUCAAUGACCCCGACACAACAAAUCCAGGUACCACCUACAACUACUACUAAACGUAUAUCAGCUGGUGUAGGCACAGAAUAUGGUAUGAAGUAUGGUGAAUGAAGCAAUUGUAGAUGAACUGAAGUAUGCCGAGCAAAAAUUUGAAUAUCAUCGUCGACUAAAGUAAUGAAUUAUUGAAAAUUUCAACAACUUACGUUACGUUGUACAAAAUCAUGUAGUAAAUAUAAACUUACAGGAUUAUUAUAGGGAAACAUGCGCCUAGAGUGAUUAGUAUUAUUUUAAAUUUGGCGCUUCUUUUAUGAUCUACCCUCACUGUAGCGCCACCCUAAUUUAAUGCAUUUUUUCGCACACUUUUUUAUAUACACAGAUGAUUCUCCUUGCCUCUACUCUAUACAGGGUAUCCCGGCUGUUGUCCAUUUGCGUAAGACAAGAGGGGUAACAUUUUGAGCAUUUAAUUAAUUAAUUUACAAAAAAAUACCCACUUAAAUGACUACUUUCUUUUGAAAUACUAUGUUACUUAAGAAGAGUUAUUAGUUUUUGGCCAUUCUUUCGAUUGGCAUUAUAAAAGUAGGGGCGUUUUUUUUUACAUUUCAGUCGGUUCGAUUCCCAGACGAGGCAAGUAAUUUUUAGAAAAUCUUUGAAUGCAGAAGUACUAACUUUUAAAAAUAACAUAAAGUCUUCUUUCAGUAAAAUAGCCUAUCUUCGAUAUUUAAGGUACUUUCCCUUCAUGUCCCAUAACUUUGGGACACCUUGUAUACAAGUCAAUGUUUUAGCGAGCUGCCUGCACGUCUCUAUGUCAACUGUCACAAUGCCAACUAUAAAGAUGAUCCGAAAUGCUCGGCGUCACGUAUUCAACUCUUACAUUAUAGUAUAAGGAUUGAAUCUGUUUUUAAUAAUUAAUAAUAUGUAGAAUUAUGUCAUUAUUAUAGGUUAGGGUAGCUGAUGAUGUUAAAGUGAACAAAUAAAAUUUGAAAACAAAAUUUAUGACCUCUCGCGUUCCGUGCGAGCGCUCCUCCAACUGGGCCAACAGUUCGAGCGACGUAGCGUUGAUAAAUCUUGUAUGUCUUGUUCAUUGAAUUAGGUGUUACUUUGCGGAAAUCCAUAAUUAUACAAAUUAUUUAAGUUUUCUUUAGUGCUAAUUCCGCCAAUAUUUGUUUUUAAAACAAUUCGACACGUGUUUCGCCUCUACACGAGGCAUCCUCAGGACGUGUUGUCUCGCCAAAAUCUGGCACGAGACUGAGACUCAGACACGUGUUUCGCCUGCCUCGGUAAUAAUUUGUAUGUCUUGUUCAUGUUAUAGUGGGUCUUAGUUGUUUUAUAACAGCGGCUAAAUCGACCAUUUUUGUGCAUUUAUAUAUUUAAAUUAAAUGAUGCGAAUGCACACCAUUAUAUUGUUUAGUUUCUAAGAUAGUAUUGAACUUAUCAUUAAGUUAUUAUUGUAUUCAAAACAUUGUUUUGUAUAUUUAAGACAUCUUCCAUCAUAUAUAUAUAAUAUAUAUAAUUAUAUAUAUAUAAUUAUUAAAAAAAUAAGUCGAUGUCUAAAAUGUAACGUAAAAAAAGGAAAUGUCGUGAAAUUGUCAAUGUUCUGUCUUUAAUCUUUUUUUAUAGUCUUAAAAAACACAUUACUUAAUUAUAAGAGCAGAGUUUCAUUAUUCAGUUUGUGGAAAUUGUUUUUAAUAGGUUUAGUACACCUGCAAUGACAGUUAUAACAAUAAUUUGUCUACAUUAUGUUAUUGUUGAGUUGAGCAGCUGAUGGUAAUUGAUACGCCCUGCCCAUUACAAUGCAGUGCCGCUCAGGAUUCUUGAAAAACUCAAAAAUUCUGAGCGGCACCACAAUUGCGCUCAUCACCUUGAGACAUAAGAUGUUAAGUCUCAUUUGCCCAGUAAUUUCACUAGUUACGGCGCCCUUCAGACCGAAACACAGUAAUGCUUACACAUUACUGCUUCACGGCAGAAAUAGGCGCCGUUGUGGUACCCAUAAUCUAGCCGGCAUCCGGUGCAAAGGAGCCUCCCAUUGGUUAUUUAUGGAUGAUGCGGGAACAACCCACACCUCUAGGAUAACGCCCCAGCGCUCUUACCAAUGAACAUCAAUUGUUUAUUUUAGGGCCUCUUAAUUUUCUAAUAUGCAAUAUUGAGGUUGAGCAGGUUAUGGGUGGUAGUUUUUGACUUUUAAUAAGUGAUGUCACAUCCUAUUUUGAAUGAAAAUAUUUAAAUUUGAAAAUCAUGCGUUAUUCGGACGAUUAGCUUAGUAGGUAAGAGCGCUGGGGCGUAUCCUGAAAGGCGCGUGUUGGAUUCCUGCAUCGUCCACAAAUGUUGGUACAAAUUGAAUUUGUAUAAAAAUAAAUAAGGUCACUCACAAAAAAAUAACAAUUCAAAAAAAAUUAUGCACGUGUGUAUGUUUAUAGGACGAAAUAUUUGAUUAGGUACAACCCAAUUAAUAAUGUCUUAGGUAUGGCAUUAUUAUUAGCCUUUGAGAUAGAAUACAAAUAUAUUUAUAACAUGAUUUUUACGUUACACGCUUCUCGUAUUGUAAGCAAAAUAUGUACCUACCUAGUACCAAGUUAUUACAGGUAUGCCCCUCGACAAAAUUCUAGUUCGCUUUAAGGUCGCUGUGAACAGUUGCACUGGAACAAAAAACAAGGUUUCGGAGAAGCGAAUGUGGACUAUGCCCCCGUAAACAGGCGCGGGGUAACUUCAGAGUGAAGGACUUUGGCGAUGGGUAAACCUGUUUGUACUUUCUGUACUCAAAAUAAAAUGUACACGAAAAAUAAAGUUGUAUUAUUUUUGAUACUUCUAUAAUUCGUGAUCAUGUUAGGAUGAGUUAAAUUAUUAAAACUUUCGUGAGCCAUGAUUAACUUA